UACUAGUAGUCUAGUUGGUAAAAUGGAGAUUAAUAAAAAAUGAAAAAGAAAAAGCUACAAGAAUGAAGGGUUGUAAAACUUCCAAGCAAUUGGGGCUUGGAACGUCAGAAUCCACUGUUGUCCGUUGACAGAGAACAAAAUGAAGAAGACUUCCAUGAUCCUCAACUCAGCAGCAGAGACAAUUUCUUGCAACCAAGAUCUCUUGACGGAAAUCCUCCUAAGAUUACCCACAAAAUCUCUCAUCAAAUUCAAGUGCGUUUCAAGGCAAUGGUUCUCCAUCAUUUCCGACCCUGAGUUCUGUUUCUCACACACCCGCCACCACCAGAGCAAUGGGUUUCUCUCCCCCACCGCUUUUCUGCUCAAAGGUGUCUGCUUCACCCCUCCCUCUGAAUUCUCCAUAAUCCCUUUGAAGCAUUACAGUAACGUCCCUUUCUUUCAUUACAUCAAUGAGUCUGACGUUAAGAUUCUUCAAUCUUGCAAUGGUUUGCUUCUUUGUGAGUCCUAUAGACAAAGUUACUUGAUUUGCAACCCCACUACUAAAAACUUCAGGAGGCUAUAUUGUCCUCGUUACUCAGCUUAUAAUUUUCUUACUAAAUUUUUUGUUAAUUUGGCUUUUGAUCCUUUAAGAUCACCUGAUUACAAGAUUAUUUGUAUCUGGGAAAGUUCCCGGGAACCUUCUAAGUUGAAUCUGGAUUUAUAUUCGUCAAAAACUGGUUCUUGGGAUUUAUCCAUAAUCACUUUUGAGGUAGAUGAGGAUGAGUCCAUAGAGCUAAGGGAUGGGGUUUUCUGUAAUGGAAGGAUUCAUUGGUGUGGAUAUGGAAAUGAGUUGUUGUAUUUUGAUGUAGAGAAUGAGUGUUUGCAAAAAAUGCGGAUGGCAUUACCAACUACAAUGGAUGCGCCUGAAGAAUGUAGAUAUUUCGGGGAGUCUCGAGGAGUUUUGUAUCUUGCAGUGACUUACUGCAUGGCCGCUUGUUUAGAGUUCGAUGUAUUUGAGAUGGCAAGAGAUUAUUCUCAAUGGAACUGGAAGAAACGUCUGAAUCUUGGUGAUGCAGUGAAAGUUUUUCCUGAGCUAGAAUUGGGUUGUGUUGAGUACAAUCCUGGAUUCUCUGGUGUGUGUUUUAUUCGAUCUGAGAAAGAAGAAGAGCCAAAGGUUGUGGUAUGGGCAGAUGGUAAAAUAAUUUGCUUUGAUUUCAGGGAAGGGACAUGGAACAAGCUCCAUGAUCUCGGACCGGGUAUCAAAAUUGGCUCCCUAUAUCUUGGAGAGUAUGAUCAUUUACAUUAUGAAAGAUUUCAUGCUUAUCAAUACUUUGAGAACCUCUCUUGUUUAUGAGGAUCUUUGCUUCUUCCUACAGAAAUCUUCCCGACCCCUUUUGUUGGCCGAAGGCAUGCAAAGUCACAUGAUGUUGGCAAUUUUAAGAUUGUGUACAAACUGACAUGUUGUUAAGCAUCAACGUUGGGUGUUACAGUAUAGUGAACAGUUAAAGGGAUGCUCAGGUGCACGUAUUGAACUUACCAUUGAUCAUAAUACAAAUAUAAAAACACUGUUGGCCUGAAUGUAGAAAGUUUUUGUUGUUCCAUUUGUUACUGAUUUUAUGUGGAGCAUUUCAAGUUUUUUUUUUUUUUAAUAUAUAAAGGAGGUCAUGGUCUAAGGAUAAGGGAAUAGGUCACUGGGGUUUGAACUCCAAACCUUUUGGACGUUAUCUCUUAAGGGUAGUUGCAUGAACUAACCGAAUUAAAUUUUAAGUUCAGAGUUAAGUUUUGUUGAUAAGCAAUCAUAGCUGAUUUGUACUUCCAAUACAUUAAUGUUUUUCUGUUUCAUGCUCAUGCCAGCAAAAUAUGUGUUUAAGUGAAACAAGAUAGUAAGAAAUUGUGUCCGAACCUCAAGAUUGUACAAACUUGUAAGGGGUUGCUUCUUUGUGAGAACUUCAAUCGUAGGUAUAAUUUCAUGACCCAGUCCUUCAUCUGCAACCCCACUACCAAGAAAUUCAAGGAGUUCUUUUCCUAACAAACCAUUUGUGAGUUCUAGCUAUGCUGUUAAUUUGGCUUUUGAUCCUCCCAAAUCACCUCAUUAUAAGAUUAUUUGGAUCAGGAAGGUGUCCCGUAAGCCUCCCGAGUAUGAGCUGGACAUAUAUUCAUCAGAGACUUACUCUUGGAGUGUAGCCAGAAUCAGAUUUGAAGUAGAUGUAGUUAUAGAAUUCGGUAACGCGUUUCUGUAAUGGGAAGAUUCAUUGGGAGGGUAUUACAAACAUGUCGCUGUAUUUUGAUGUAGAGAAUGAAUGUUUGGAAACAAUGCCAAUGCCAUUGCCAUUACCAACAAUCAAUGCGCCUCAGAGUGGAGCAUAUUUCGGAGAGUACCGAGGGAUUUUGUAUUUUGUGGUUACCUACCAGUUCUCUGUUUGUUUAGAAUUCGAAGUUUAUGAGAUGGCAAGAGAUUAUUCUCAUUGGUUCCUGAAGAGUCGUCUGAAUUUGGGUGAUGCAAUGCAAGCUUUUCCUGAACUAAACUUGGAAUGCCUUGAGCAACGUGCAGAAUUCUCUGUUUUCUGUUUCAUUAGAUCUGAGAAAGAACAAGAGCCAAAGCUUAUGGUAUGGGCAAUUGGUAAAAUAAUUUUCUAUGAUUUCAAUGACGAGGCAUGGAAAAAGCUUUAUGAUCCAGGGCAAGGUGUCAAACUUGGCAUUCGUUAUUUAGAAGAUCCAGGUGCAGGUUUUGUAUGGUUCAAUGCUUUUCAGUACCAUAAGAACCUGUGCUUUCUGUCUUAAUUUUCUAGAGACGCCCAUAU